AUGAUUCACGCCCAAGGCCAGCACGCCGUCAGCGCUGCUCCCGCGGCCAACGGCUACCCCGCGAAACCCCACCUUUCCGAGUCGCCUCCCCGCUCCUUUCACGAUGUCUGCGUCGAGCUACGAGAUAAGGUCGACGCUUUCCUGGCCGAGGACCCAAAGACAGAUGUUCUGCGCAAUGUACAGGAGCAGCUCCGCGUAUCAAUGGGCGUGGUAGACGAGGCGUUAGCGACCUACAGUUUGGAACAGAUCUCGCUCUCCUACAACGGAGGCAAGGACUGUCUCGUCCUCCUUAUUAUGCUACUUGCCUGUCUUGCGCGUCGAUUUCCCUCCUCUAAAACCAACGAUUCGAAUGGCUCGAAUGGCGCUGCGGAUGCCAAGUCCUUCCCCGACGAAUUCCAAGCCGUCUACAUCGUUUCGAAGCACCCGUUCGCCGAGGUAGACGAUUUUGUCGCCACGACUAGCUCAAUAUACCAUUUGAAUGUGAAGCGUUAUGCAAUGUCCAUGAAGCAAGGACUGGAGGCUUAUCUGGCAGACCGACCGAGCGUCAAGGCGAUAUUUGUUGGAACGAGGAGGACAGACCCGCACGGCGAGAAGCUGACACAUUUCGACCCUACGGACUCGGGUUGGCCCGACUUCAUGCGGGUGCACCCGGUGAUUGAUUGGCACUAUGCCGAAAUCUGGGCAUUUAUCCGCCAUUUGGGAAUUCCGUACUGUCCACUAUAUGACCAGGGCUACACAAGUUUAGGCGGAACUCAAGAUACCCAUCCUAAUCCUCAACUUAAGAAAGAAGGCCAGAAUGGGGCGGGUUUCAGGCCUGCUUAUGAGUUGACAGAAGACGACGAAGAAAGACUAGGCCGGGAUAAAUAA